AUGGGGGAGGAAGACAUGGCCACGAAUCAUGAGGAAGACUUGGGAAUGUACGUAACGCUCACUAACAUGAAUAUCAUCAGCAGGUAUGCAACACACCUUUCAGACAAGGUGGAUGUGCUCUGGCAUGAGUGGACACAGCCACACCCCGCCACCCUCACUGAGCCACACCCCGCCACCCUCACCAAGCCACACCCCGCCGCCUUCACCAAGCCACCCCUCACCAAGCCACACCCCGCCGCCUUCACCGAGCCACACCCCGCCACCCUCACCGAGCCACCCCUCACCAAGCCACACCCCGCCGCCUUCACCAAGCCACACCCCGCCGCCUUCACCAAGCCACACCCCGCCGCCUUCACCAAGCCACACCCCGCCGCCCUCACCAAGCCACACCCCGCCGCCUUCACCAAGCCACACCCCGCCGCCUUCAAGCCACACCCCGCCGCCCUCACCAAGCCACACCCCGCCACCCCUCACCGAGCCACACCCAGGCACCUUCACCAAGCCACAACCCGCCACCCCUCACCAAGCCACACCCCGCCCCCUUCACAAAGCCACACCCAGGCACCCUCAUCCCCUGGAUCUUAUCGAGUUAUGGUGUGA